AUGUCGUUAUCCUGCCAAACUGCAGUACGAAGCUGCGCCCGUACUCUUCUCUCCUCCUCAUCCCUCCGCGUUUCAACAGUAUGCCUGGCACAGCGGAGGAAUCCAACAUCCUCAAAACGAUGGUCGUCUACCGAGGCAGCUGUGAACCCAAAGAUCUCAGGAAUCGUGGAUCAGAUCAGUCAAUUGACUUUGUUGGAAACUGCCGACUUGGUUACUAGUCUAAAGUCACGUCUCAAUAUCCCCGACAUGCCAAUGGGAGGAUUUGCUGCUGCUGCUGCACCAGCCGCUGCCGCUCCCGUCGAGGAAGAAGCAGCCCCGGCACAACAAGAAAAGACGCUCUUCAAUCUGAAGCUGGAAUCGUUCGACGCGGGCGCGAAGCCAAAGAUUAUUAAGGAGAUUAAGGGCAUGUUGGGGUUGAGUUUGGUGGAUAGUAAGAAGUUUGUCGAGAGCGCGCCGAAGUUGAUGAAGGAGGCGGUGCCAAAGGAGGAAGCCGAGAAGAUCAUCGCUGCAUUGAAAGCUCUGGGUGGUGUUGUCACGAUGGACUAG